AUGAGCUUGAAAAGAGAUUUCAUUUCAAGGUAAGUAAACAUUCAUUUCAAACUUGUGUAUGCCCUAGUUCCGAAGUAAAUACUCUUUUAUUAGUCUGUGAUUGCAGUGACUUUCAAAAUUUCAAAUAGCAAAUAGUAACUUAAGAUUUACCAAGAGCCGGACUUACUCUAAUCAAAGACACCUACACGCUCCUUUGCGCUUGACAUAGGAAAACCAUGUUGCGUGAGGUUAUAACCCAGUCGGUAGAGACGAAAUCAGUUAAUGUGCCGCCUUCUAAUGUGACUAAGUGAGACCUUUAGAAUGUGCAAAACCCCUCGAAGAUAUUUAAAACAUUUAAAUACAUGUUCUUAAUAUAAUAAAGAGUGACUAAGGAUCGGGGAGGUAGGUAGAACCAUGUUGCAUCGCUAAGGAACUGCUUCCGGCUUCGCAGAAAUCGUUGUGACAUUAAUUAAGCGAACACUUUCGAUUCUCUUUAAGGCUUCCAUCGCCCAAUAGUUCCACUAUCCCGUACGCAUCGUAUAUCUAUAAACAAGUCGAUGGCCCAAUAAACUGUGAUGUUUUCCUUAAAAGGUGUAUGCAACAUCUAUUUCUUAACAUACUGAAAGAGCAAAGAUGUGCAAGAAGGUCGUCUGAUCGUUCUCCUGUAAUAAAUCAUAGGCAAGGACCAAUCAAAAUGUUUGUUAAAUUCAGAAUAUCAAGUGAUAUACAAAUAUUUCAGGGUACAGAAGGAGCUAAAACAACUGCAGUCCUUACAGCCUCAUGGAAUCCAAGUAACACUUCCAUCUGACAGUCUCCAAUUAUGGGAGGCUUUAGUACCAGGACCUGAAGAUUCACUCUACAGAGGUAAAGAGAUUUCAUUAUUUGGGCUUUCCAAUAUUCUGUUUAAGAAAAGUUCUAAUUAUAUAUUUGUAUCUGUCUUUCAGGAGGGCGAUUCAAAGUUCAAGUUUAUUUACCGUAUCCUUUAGCUCACUUUUCUCUCUCUAAAAUUUUAUUUUAAUGAGGUGUUCUGGCAAGUUUGGGGAAGAAUUGCUACCACAAAGGACCUUUUUCUGACCCUCUCCCCUCAGCACCCCUCUCAGUGAAUGUCAUGCUUCAGAAGGAAUUUCAAUCUUCCUAAUUUUCUGUGUUGCCUGACGUAGCAGUCACAAGAAAAUCUGGAGUUCUUAUUCUUUCAAACUUUCUUAGCACAAUCUUUUGCAGAGCAUUUUUGAGGGUUUCUAUAAUUAAUGAUUAAGAAAUUGAUUAAAAAAUUUAAAAAAUUAAGUUAUCAAAAAAAUAAAAUCGGCUGAAUCGUACUUACAUAUGUUUUGAAAAAUUUGCAAAACUUUUAGAUAAAAAUAGUGAAAGAUGGUGAUCAAUAAAUUCACUUAUGAGGUAUUAGCACAUACAUCUAGAUUUAGGAGUGUUUCUAAUGGCUAAUCACAACUUUUUUAGAAAUGAUUGAGCAUUUUUUUAAACCAAUGUCAAGGGGACGCACGAAAAAGAGAGGUGACAGCGAUUUAUCAAAGAGUCGGUGUGUAAAAUUAACGAAGCCAUUUUAAACUAUGUUUGAGCGACUCGUUUAUUUUUACACCUAAUUGUUUAUUUUUAUUUUGUUUAUUUCUUUCAAUUGCUAUUGCAAACUCUCUGAGGCUCUUGGAACCGUAUUAUUGAAAACUGUUAUCAUUAUUAUUAUUAUUAUUACUAUUAUUGUUAUCAAUCUAUUGAUUUAUUUAUAUUAAUGCGACAUUUCAGUUAAUCCUUAACUAAUUUCUUAUCUCUCAAGUGAAAACUAUCCUCUUGAACCACCAACGGUAAUACUUUAAAAUAAAUGUUUUACAUGCUUGAGUGCGAACGACUGAUUGUCAUGGCUGCAGAGAUACCUGGUAGUUACCUGGUUAUCUCAUGAUCUUGUUCUCUUCUUGAGUUUUGAAAUUUUGAAAUUAAUUUCACUAUCAGUUGGGAAGGUUCUCUAAAUGAAACUGUAUUAUAACAUAGCAAAAAUGUCAGACACUUAGCUGGAAAUCAAAAGCCCUAAAAAAAAUUUAAAACUGAGUAAUUCAAAAGUAACAAAAAAUUGGUCUUGCUGCCAAUGUGUUUUCAUUUUGCAGCAGCUUUCAUGGCAUGUAAGCCGCUGCAAAAUGAUAACACAUCUACUCAUUUAAAUAUUGAUUAAAUUAGUUAUUGCUUUGUUCUUAAGGGUUAGGUAGAUUAGGAGCACAUCUGAUUAUAGUACAAAAGUGAAUUACCUGGUGAUCAGUACUUAGCUGGUUACUUGUAUUCUGAUUUGGUAACAUUUAUGGUCUAAAAGAGAAGGUCUAGAUACUUCAGAGGGGUGAAAGGAAAUUGGCGAGAACAAAGUAUAUGUCUUUUUUAUUUCUUAAUGCCAGGUACGUUUCCUGCCUCCCAUAUAUCACGUCAAUGUGAGUCCAUCAACUGGUCACGUGUGCCUGGGAUUCUUGACUGGGGAAAACUGGUUACCAACCCGUUGUAUUAGAGAUGUAUUAAGUGGUGUGUUCGCUCUACUUAUCAAACCUGAGCCUGAGAAUGCUGCUGACCAGACUCUGCUGAACAUGUUCAAUAACAACAAAAUGCUUUAUGAAGACAAGGCCAGAAAGAGCGCCAGAGAUGGCUAGGAUGAUCAAUUUUUUUUUUUUCAUUUUCAAGUUCUAACUGUUCUCUGCUUCUAAAAGUUUCAUAAACCCAAUAAUGUGUGGCAAUUUAGCAACUUUGACUGAGGUCGGAAAUUAAUUAACUUUAUCAGAAGUUAAAUUCUUUUUUCUUUUCAAAAUUUGUGCAAAGUGUUUUGCAUUUUCCCAUUUUCUUAUUGGAAGACCAAGAAGGACCAGGAAGAAAGUUCAGUAUUACUCAGAUUAGGAAAUUGAGCAUUUUUUCACCUUUCUGAAGUCUAUAUGUCACCAUUUCAGCUGUUCUUAAUAUUGUUCACAUACAGUGGUGGUGUUGGUUGCAAAACUGAUUUUAGAAAUUUAUAUUAUCACCUCCCCAAUCCUUUAUUUUGCCCUUAAUAAUAUGCAUGCAAAAGUUUCAGCAUUCUUGUUGGUUGAGAACACGUCAACGUAGCCCAAACAAUGCAGAAAGUUGAAAAUGAGUGCAGAAAUGGUGGACAGGUUAAGAAUAGUAACAACAUUUUAAUCUAGAACAAAAACACGCAACAAAGCGCAAACAACUGGCUAAAAGUCGGAAAGUCUUGAGCUUCCAGAAACAGCUAUGACAUGGGUAUUGAAACGUAGGAACCGGAGGCCCUGAACAAAAUUCUCUCGUAAGUCUAAGCAAAAGUUCGUACGAAAGAGGGGGAUUGAAUAACGAGCGUGAUAGCUUUCGUGUUAUUAAGCAAAUUCGAACUGAGACAGAGUGCAAACACUCAAUUAUUCGUGACAGAAGGCUUAAAAGCUUAGGGCAAAUUUUGCGGAAAAAACCGGCAACAGCAGCAAGCCAAGAGGCCGCACCAGUGAACCAUAUACACCCUUAAGAGGAAAACCAGGUUAACUGUGUGCGUACGUUUUAGUAAACAAGUCGAUAAUGAUAUGAAUUUUUCUCGUAUAGUCUGC